AUGAGCUCAGACGAAACUUUCAAUGCUGUUGGAGUUGUUGAUUUCGAUCAUUGGCAAGAUCCAAAGGACUUCACAUAUCAUCCAAGACCAAUGAGGCCACAUGAUAUUCAGGUGAAGAUCGUUGCAUGUGGAAUUUGUGGCUCUGAUACACACUGUGCAAAGGGUGAUUGGGGAAGAGCAUUCACUCCCUUAGCAGUUGGUCACGAGAUCAUUGGCCACGUGACCCAUAUUGGAACUGAGGUGGACAAGUCUAAGUUCAAGAUUGGUGACAGGGUUGGAAUUGGCCCGGAAUGUGAAUGCUGUGGAAAGUGCUACAGAUGCAGCAACCAUCUUGAAUCCAACUGUGAGUCUAUGGGUUUAACAUAUGCAUAUGUCUAUCCUGAUGGAACCAAAACUCAAGGAGGAUAUGCAGAUAACAUUCGUGUUAAUGAUAAAUUCGUUUUCCAGAUUCCAGACGGCUUGGAGACCAUUUAUGCUGCUCCUCUGCUUUGCGGUGGAAUUACUGGAUUAAGACCGCUUCUUGAUUAUGGUGUUAAGAAGGGUACCAAGGUUGGAGUUAGUGGAAUAGGAGGAAUUGGUCAUAUGACGAUCCUUUUUGCGAAAGCAUUAGGUGCAGAGGUGACGGCAAUAUCCAGAAAUGAGAAGAAGAAGGAAUUGUCGAAAAAACUAGGUGCAGAUCAUUACAUUGCAGCCUCCGAUGAGUCCCAACUUAAGGAAGGAAAGGAUAGUCUUGAAUUGAUCGUUAAUACUGCAUCUUCGUUCUCGCAGACUCAUCUUGAGAGUGUGAUGUCAUUGUUGAAACCAAAUGGAAGAUUGACAUUCAUCACAGCUCCAGAACUAAAGGAGAAGGUCGAGAUUACACCAUUCUUCUUUUUGCUCAACAAUUACUCCAUUGGUGGAUCGGCAGGCGGCUCUAUUAGGCAAAUCGAGUACAUGCUCAAGUUGGCAGCAGAAAAGCACAUCAAGCCAUGGGUUGAAACCAUUGAUAUCAGUGAAAAGAACGUGAAGGAAGCUUGGAGAAGAAUGGAGGAGGGAGAUGUGAAGUUUAGAUUUGUUUUGACCGGGUAUGACAAGUACUUUGGGAAGAAGAGUUAG